CCGUUACGAGAGUACCUUACGCAUUGUGUGUAUUCCGUAUAACUAUGCUGUAAUACAGUACGCAGGGUAUAAUUCAAACUAUCCUUGCACGGGCCAUUCAAGCCACGUUUGUGAUAUGCUUGAGCUUUCACUGGCCUCGGUUGCUCACACAACACAGCCCCUAAAUCUGCCUAUUGCUCUGAAAUGUCAACCUGCUGGUAGGCAAGCGGAAGCCGGAAUCAUUGCGGUCGCGUCGCCUUGCCGGGCAUGCUCCGAAACCAAUGCACGCAGCAGAAGCGUCGCCGGUUCUUGUUUUCCAAUGAAGACUGGUUACUUCGUGCUCUGAGUGGGCAGUGAGCUGCGCCGCGGCGCAAACAACGAAUUGGCGUCCCCCAGAAGGUCCGCCUGAGGCUCACUUGACUCUGAGAUGGGCGUGCGGGUCACCACCAUGGGCUCGUUGUUCCAGGGCAACCAGGACCUGGGCAAGAAGGACGACGACCGCAAACCGACGAAGGCGCCGUCGAGACGCCCACAAUGGGGCACUGCUCCCGGGGGGCCGGGGGGAGGCUCGCGGCGCAGGACGCUCAAGCGGCUUGCCAUCGUGCUUGCGCUGGGCGUCUUCGUGUACCUGUUCAUCAGCAACCUGCCCACCGACGUGCCCAUCCGGGAUCGACGCCACCCCGUAUACCGCCAACCCGAGUACCGCGCAGGCCCGCCCCAUGCGCCCGGGCCUGAGCCUGGGCCCAUGCCAAGGUUAAAGCCGGGCCGCAAACCGCAGAGGCCGAGCGAGCCACCACCGCGGCCUCCUGCGCCCGCCGCUCCCGCCCCAGCGGCGGCGCUCCACAACGGCCCCCUCACUUUCCCCAAGCUCCUCGCCUCUCUCGAGGCCAUAUACAGCACCGGCGGGUCUCAGCGUUCCAACAAGAACGUGCUCUUCGCUGCUGCUAGCCUGAAGAGUGCUGCCGUGCUCCUGCCUCUUGCCUGCCAGAUGGGCGAGGAGCUGAGGAACUACGUACACUUCGCCCUGGUCGGCGGGAGCGACGUUGAUCUGGAUGAGUUGCGCGCCGUUAACGGUGUUGAUGAGUCUUGCCAGGUUAUAUUUCACGACGCCCGCCCCGACUUUGCGACCACUUCGACUGUUGAGCGUCUCAGACUGAGCAGCAGCCGGGCUUUGCACCAUAUCAACAACUACAUGCAUCCGCAGGCAGUGAUUAUCGAUGCCUCCGGAAACGAAGAAGACUAUUUCCUCGCCGGAAUAAGGAAACAGGCGCCCGUCUCCGAAGUGCCGCUCAUUGAACUGCCCGAGGAUGCCCACUCGCGGCUCGGCUGGAUGACCAAGCUCGACAGCUCGUCGUUGGCGGCUUGGGACAAGAUCAGCAUUGACAUUUUGAUUCAUGCAUCACCUGGAACGUCGGGAAGCAUUAUCCAUCUUCUCCGGUCAUUGUCGGCGGCUGAUUUCUCGGCCGGCCCAACACCUCAUUUGACCAUCGAACUACCACCAGACGUUGAUGGUGCCACGACCGAAUUUUUGAAGGACUUCCAGUGGCCUCCGCACCGCUCUCGUCUACCCUCCCAGCCCAGCCAGCUGACCAUUAGACGCCGCAUACCGCGCGCGAGACUGACCGAGGAGGAGAGCUCUGUUCGAUUUCUCGAGUCGUUCUGGCCUACCAGCCCAAAGUACUCGCAUGUGAUGGUGCUAUCGCCGCAGGCUCAGCUGUCGCCUCAAUUCUUUCUCUACACCAAAUAUGCAGUGCUGCACUUUCUGUAUUCAGGGCCGGCACGUGUACAGGACUGGGAGUCGAGACUCCUCGGGAUCAGUCUGGAUCUCCCGUCGACCCAUCUAGAUGACUCCAAACCAUUCACACCCCCUUCCAGGAAAGGGGCAUCGACUCCCUUUCUGUGGCAAGCCCCGAACAGCAACGCCGCGCUCUUUACGGGGCAAAAGUGGAUCGAGCUGCACGCACUGGUCUCCAACUGGCUCGACUACCAGCACCGCCGCACCGGCACGCCGCCUGCUCUCUUCGCCAACAAGCUCGUCAGUAAGAGGUACCCCUCGUGGCUAGAACACGCCCUGAGGCUCGCCCGCGCCCGCGGGUACUGGAUGCUCUACCCGAGCGAGCCGACGGCCAGGAACCUGGCGGCCGUGCACCGCGAGCUCUACCGCGCGCCCGAGGAAUACGAGGGGGAGCUGCCGAAGCGGGUGGCCCCAGACACCGAGUUGCCCCUUUCGCGGGGCAGCACCCCCUUCGAGAGCCUGCCGGACCGCGGCCGGCUGCCCGGCUUCGACGAGAUGCCGCUGUUGCUCUGGGACGGGGCGAUCACGGGGCUCAGGGACUUGGAUGACGCCGCGGCGGACUAUGCGAAAGACUUCCGGCGAGCGGUGGGCGGGUGCGAUGCCUUGACGCCCGAGGAGCUGGUUCCGAGGCCGUCGAUGAAGGACUUGUUUUGUUUGAAGGACGACUGAGCAAGCCGGAGUUUCGCGGUGGGUGGGGUGCGGAAUCCAUUCGGGACUGGAACCUGGAAUGAUGUACGACUCUGGUUGUGAGAGAUGCAAUGAUUUACGUGGGGCGUGCGUGUGCUGGUUCUAUGGGCGCGUCUUUGCGUCCUGCAUCAGGAGUUAA